AUGGCCAACACCGGUGUUGUUGUCGCCCUCGUCCUCGCGGCGGCGGCGUUCGGGGGGAACUGGUUGUGGUCAAGACAGACCAGGAAGGAGCAGAUUGAGAGACUGGUCAGCAGUGUCCGAGCUCCGGACCUUCUUAAAGAACACUCGAACGUCUUCAACAAGAAAGAGAUCAUCCAGGUGACCCCCAACGUCUACUGCGCUGUCGGAUACGCCCUGGCCAACACUAUCAUGAUCGAGGGAGAUGACGGCGUCAUCAUUGUCGACGUCACGGAGAGUGUCUCCGCGGGCAAUGAGGUGUUUCGGGAUCUCCGGGCCAUCACCAAGAAGCCUGUGCGCGCCAUCAUUUACACCCACAACCACAUCGACCACACUUUCGGGGCCAAGUCGUUCAUCGAGGACCCGGCUCACCCUCCAGACGUCUGGGCUCACCAGCUCAUCCUCAGGGAGUUCCAGAGAUUGUUCCACAGUAAUGAAAUCAUACUGACUCGCGGUAUGCGCCAGUUUGGUACCCUCACACCAGCGCAGAUCAACUCAGGGAUUGGGUUCACACUGGCCCUUGACAAAGACAAUAUCGACUUCGGCCUUGUCAUGCCAAACAAGCUGUUCAUAGGAUCAGAGAGGGACAUCAGCUAUGCAGGUGUCUCAAUGAAACUUGUCCACAUCCCCGGAGAAACAGCUGACCAGAUAGGAGUAUGGCUGCCGGACCAGAAGGUGUUCCUUUGCGCCGACGACGUCUACCGCGCCUUCCCCAACCUCUACGCCAUUAGGGGAACGCCGUCUCGCAGUCUACUGGACUGGUCAUCCUCACUGGACAAGAUUAUUGACCUUGAACCUCACUACCUCGUCCCGAGUCACACACGACCGCUAGAGGGCGCUGAUGCCAUCAUGUCACUACUGACCAGUUACCGAGACGCCAUUCAGUUUGUUCACGAUCAGACAAUCAGGUUCAUGAACAAAGGUUUGAUGCCAGACGAGAUUGCGGCAAAAGUCCGUCUGCCGGAGCAAUUAGCUACCCACCCAUACUUGCUUGAAUUUUACGGAACAGUGGAAUGGUCCGUUAAGGGUGUGUUUAACACCUACCUUGGAUGGUUCGACGGCGACCCGGUGCACCUUUCACCUCUGACCCCAGACGAAUUGGCCAAUCGGUAUGUAGCUCUCGGCGGAGGAAUUGACAACAUGGUGAAGAUGGCAAAGAAGGCUCUGACGAAGGGGGAUCACAGAUGGGGUCUGACUGUCGCUUCCCACAUCAUCAGAGCAGACGAUACGAACAAAGAAGCACGUGACAUAGCAUCUCAGUGCAUGAUGGAGAUUGGCAAUCAACAGAUCAGUUCCAACGGCCGGAACUACUUCCACACAUUUGCCCUUGAGGUCAUUGGUGCAACGGACGCCCGGCCAGGACCUCUCACAAUGGCUCGAUUCAUCCGCGGGAUGCCGCUUGUUACGUUGUUUAAAGUCCUCGGGGUUCGUUUCGCGGCUGAGAAAUGCGGGCGGGUCAAUGUGACGGUUUUGUUCGAGUUCCAGAACCCUAAAUCUACAGUGUCAAUGCAGCUGAGAAACUCUGUCGUCAUCAUCAAGGACCGGCCUCCCAAGAAGUAUGACGUCAGAGUUGUUAUUGAUGACGCCAAAUGGCGAGACGUGUUGAUCUCUCGUUUGGUAGAAAAAUCAGCCCCGUCUCUCACCGAAGCAAAGGUUGAAGGAGAAGUGGAGGUAGUACGACAAGGCGAACACUGGUGUAGUUGUCGCCCUUGUCCUCGCGGCGGCGGCGUUCGGGAACUGGUUGCGGUCAGCAUUGCGACCAGGAAGGAGCAGAUUGAGAGACUGGUCAGAGGUGCCCGCGCUCCGGAUCUCCUGAAGGAACACUCGAACGGCUCUCAACAAGAAAGAGAUCGUGCAGAGUGUCAGAAGGUUGUGCUCCCGGUGGAGAACCUGGCACUCUCCUGA